AUGAUCGCUGCGAUGAGGCCAUCACAUGCGCAUUCUACUACGCCUUCAGUCCAUUCCAGACCAAGCUCUCGCAACUCUUCCCACUCCAAUGCCGCCGCCGCUCUAGCUUCACCCUCAACACAAUUCAAGUCCGACAAGCUUGCCGCAAAAGCUGCCGCCAACGUCGCCAACGGUCUCUCCGGCAAGAAGGCCUCCGCGGCCAAGAAAACUGCCAAAGCUCAACAGCAAGCUGAAGCUUCCAGCAUCAACAACGACAAGCCUUCCACCACCCCUGGUCUCAUCACUCUCACCAAACCGAUGUCUGACGAGAUGAAUGCAUCCAAGCAGUCAAACAGUGUUUCAAGGUCCAAGAAGGGCAAAGAGGCCAAGUUUGCAAUCGAAGAGGCUUCAGCAACUCCUAUCAAGGCAUCUCGAUCGAAAAAGUCCAAAUCGUCACCCAAAGCAGACACAUCCGAGAUGCUUCUCUCCAAAUCUGCUCCCUCUGCACCUAUCACUCAUGUUCAGCGACCUCUACCAAACAAGCAGGCUGCCGACUCCAAUGCAGUCGAGCAGUCCUCGUCGGCACUCACUUGGCAACAGGAGAUGUUCAAGCAGCAGGCUUCCAGAUCUAAUCUUGACCUGUCGCAGAAUGGCAACGGCUCCAGACGCUCCAACAAGAAGGUGAAUGCCGCUGCCUCCAAGCACGAUGGCAACCUUGCUCAUCCUCAAAGGGUGCAGGAUGGCCGCGGUUCGCCUGCCUUGACCUGGCAGCAGGAGCUCCUCGCAGCCAAGAAGCGCGCCGGUCCCCACUUUGACGUCUUUGCUGACGCACGCGACGUCGAGACCUUUGGCGCCGACGAUGGCCCAGCCAACGGCAACGUCCACUCGCAGAGCAAGGGCGGCAAGCGAGGCAAAAGUGCUAACAAGGGACGCAACAACGACACGCCUCUUCACAUCGAUGAUCUCUUUGAGUCCAUCAAUGGCGAUGGCAUGACCAAGUCCAAAUUGCCACAAUCUCAACGCAACAACCACGCUGCCAAUCUGCACACUCAAUAUCCCCAGCACGGUGCUCCCAUCCACAUUGCUCCAUCUACUCCGGUCAAGAAGCCCGCCAAUGGCGGGCAGCAGCAACAUCCUGCCGUCGCUGCAGCUAGUGCAUAUGCUGGACCCAACUUCCACAAUUCUCCCUCGCCUGCCAGCCUCCCUGCGCCCAAGUUCCAAAACCGUCUGGAUAAGAACAGCUCCGAGCCUGAUCGGGGCAUUCAGCGUCCCUCUUCACUCGCGACUGGCAGCAGUAGCGAUGACUCUGGCUCUAGCGAUGACGAGGUUCUUUUGAGCCGUGGCGUUCGUAGUACCACUGCGCCUCCCGAAGUUGCUUCUACUCCUUCCAAGUCUCCCGCGCCCGCAGCUGUUCCCUCGACGAAGGUUGCAGCAGCUGUGUCGCCUGCUCCCAAGCCUUGCGUCCAGCCUGGCGCUACUGUGGAGAGCCUCCUCGCUCGAAUGCUUGGCGGUGCCAAAUUCAACUAA